AAGGCUUGAUGCGGUCACUUGGCAUUUGCUUAGUAGACGCAUAUCUCAAGUAAUCAACAAAGAUUUUCAAAAUAUACAGUGUUUAAAUGGCCGACGAUCUUCAGAAUUACAAAUUGCAAUUGCAGCAGGUUGAAGCAGCUCUGCAAACUGAUCCCAAAAAUGGAGAGCUUUUAAAACUAAAAAGUGAUCUUGGUGAAGUAAUAACCCUUACUCGUGAUUUGAUACAAACUCAACUAGAAGAACAGAAUAAAUCUUCUUACGUAGAGCCCUCUUCAACUAAAACAGAGUCAUCUAACUAUUUUGACGAAAUUGAAGCGGCUCUCUUAGAAGCAGAAAAAUUAGUAUCAGCUGCUAAAAUUUGGAAGAUUGGAGACAAGUGUCAAGCUAAAUGGAAGGAGGAUCGGCAAUACUAUGACGCUACUAUUGAAGGCAUAUCAAGCAAAGGAGAAGUAAAUGUAAUAUUUGAUGCUUAUCAAAAUCGUUCUACGACACAUGUCAAUGAGCUACGAGAACGCACUACCCGCAACGAAGUUUUUCCUUCAAACAAGCGUCACCGGCCCAACCAAAAAGAGUAUUUAAAAAAACGUAAACAAAAAAAGCAACAACGAUUUAAGGAUUUGGAAGAGGAACGUGAAACAGAUAAAAAUAAAUGGCUUAACUUUACCACAAAAAAUCAAAAAAAAACUGGAAUUAAAGCAAGAAGUAUCUUUGCAUCUCCGGAUAAUGUGUGCGGUAGAGUAGGAGUCGGUACGUGUGGAACAGCUGGAAAAGGAAUGACUGAUUUUACUAUAGGUGAAAAAUAUAGAAAGGGGCUUUAAACUGUUAAAAUCGUUUUGUGCGCGCUACAAUAUAAAACAAUAUUUAAUUAUAACAUUUAACAAAAAUAUUAAAAAUACAAAGUAAACGAAUUUAUACCAGUCUUGAGCCUAA